AUGUCACUGGAAGCCCCAUGGCGGGACACGAUGGGACUGAGAAGAAGCACAUCCCCUUCUUGGUGCCAAGAAGGGGACAUCCCCUUGCUCCAAAUACCAGGCAUGGGGCAAAAUGCGAUAUUGCCCGAUUCGUGCCAUGUUUUUCACCUAGGAUGGGGGGUGGACCUGGCGGCCAGUGGCUUGGCACUCAUGGCCAGACGUGGGUGCUUUGACGGUCGAUCCUUUGACAACCGGUUGCAUGAUGCCUACAAGAGAUUCACACGGUGGUGCUAUGAGAACAAUAAAACUACUGGUAUCAGUGGGUGGUCUACCAGAAAACUUGACAUGAAAUCGCAAAAUGACUGGCCCACCUCGCUUGGGUCUUGCAACUCCAAAGCGUAUGAUACGGCCUUGGUGCUGCAGUGGAUGGAAUGCUGUUUGGACAACAUUGACCCUUGGGAUUGCUCCGAAGAUGACUUCUUGAAGGGGUUGAAGUAUGCAGUGGCAACCAGCAACAUGUUCUUCAAAACUUUGCGCUCAUGCGGUGUGUUCAUUGCAGAACCCAAGAAAUCGGUAGUCUAUUUUGUGGGUCAGGCGAUGUGCGAGGCAUAUGGGCACUUGGCAUCCAAGUGCUUUGCCAACAACCUCAAACUGUUCCGGCUUCGACCAAAAGUUCAUUUCCAACAGCACUUGACUUUGUUGAUGGGCCCCACGUCAGCUCCAGUUGCCUUUUCGGCACUCAAUUUCAGCUGCUGGGCUGACGAGGAUUACAUUGGACGUAUAUCACGAUUAUCAAGAUCGGUGCAUCCAUUGAGGUCAUCUUAUAGAUGUAUUCAGAAGGCCUUGGGCCUUUACAAAUGCCAGUUCUUAAAUUGGAAACCUGCCAGUGACUGA